UGUGUGGAAUCCUCAUUCCAGGAUUCCACCUGAGGAAGGCGCAGGACCCUGACCAUACCGAAGAAAAUGGCUGCUCCCGGGGAGGCCUCUGAGGAGCGAGUUUCCGAGUUUGACUAUGAUUUUCUCCCUGAGCUCUCUGCUCUUCUCGGUGUGGAUGCAGGCCGGCUGGUGAGGAGUCAAGAAGAAGAAGAGCACCAAGAGCGAAUGAAGAUGAGGAAAGGCUUUAACCCUCACAUGCGCAGCGAAGCCAAACGAUUAAAGACCUUUGUGACCUACGACACAUUCAGAUCAUGGACGCCACAGGAGAUGGCAGCCGCUGGGUUUUACCUCACUGGGGUGAAACUUGGGGUUCAGUGCUUCUGCUGUAGCUUAAUCCUCUUUGGUACCAACCUAAGGAAAAUCCCCAUAGAAAGCCACAGGAGAUUGCGUCCCGAAUGUGAGUUCCUUUUGGGCAAAGAUGUUGGUAACAUUGGCAAGUAUGAGGUAAGGGUGAAGACUCUGGAGAAGCUGAGAGGUGACAGAGCAAGGUACCGAGAAGAGGAGGCCAGACUGGAGUCCUUUGAGAACUGGCCGUUUUAUGCCCACGGGACAUCGCCACGUGUCCUCUCAGCAGCUGGCUUUGUGUUUACAGGCAAAAGGGACACCGUGCAGUGUUUCUCCUGUGGUGGAUGCUUGGGAAACUGGGAAGAAGGAGACGAUCCUUGGAAGGAGCAUGCCAAGUGGUUCCCCAAGUGUGAAUUUCUUCAAACUAAGAAGUCCUCAGAGGAAAUUGCCCAGUAUAUUAAAAGCUACGAGGGAUUUGUGCAUGUAACGGGAGAACAUUUUGUGAAUUCCUGGGUCGGAAGAGAAUUACCUAUGGUGUCAGCCUACAGCAAUGACAGCGUCUUCGCUCAUGAGGAACUAAGGCGGGACACUUUUAAGCACUGGCCCCAUGAAUCACCUGGGGCUGUUGAGGCUAUGGUCAGAGCAGGCCUUUUCUACACAGGCAAAAAUGACACUGUCCGGUGCUUUUCCUGUGGAGGAUGUAUGUGGAAAUGGGAGGAAGGUGAUGACCCAUUAGAAGAUCACACCAAGUUUUUUCCCAACUGUGUAUUUCUUCAAACCCUGAAGUCCUCGACAGAAGUGACUUCAGCCCUUCAAAGCCACUGCCCACUUCCAGAAGCCAUGGACCCCACAGGCGGAGGCCAUCAUGAGGGUGGAGCGGCAGCCCUCUCUCCUGGGGUCGAAGUUGCUCCAAGUGAAGCCCAGGGACGUGAAUGUCCAUCGAGCAGUGCCUGCCUCUCCCCCACAGACCUGGCUCAGAACGAAGCCCAGUGGCUUCAAGAGGCAAAGAGUCUGAGUGAGCAGCUGAGAGCAGCCUACACCAAAGCCACUUUCCGCCACAUGGAUUUGCCAGAGGUGUGUUCCGGCCUAGGCACUGACCACUUGCUCGGCUGUGAUCUGUCCAUCGUCUCGAAGCACAUCAGCCGGCCGGUGCAAGAGGCCUUGAUGCUCCCCGAGGUCUUCACCAGUCUCAACGCUGUCAUGUGUGUGCAGGGGGAAAUGGGCAGUGGGAAGACCACCCUCCUGAAGAAAACAGCCUUCCUCUGGGCGUCAGGGUGCUGUCCCCUGCUGAACAGGUUCCAGCUGGUCUUCUACAUCUCCCUUAGUUCCACCAGGCCAGACCAGGGACUGGCCAGCAUCAUCGGUGCCCAACUCCCCGAGGCAGAAGGAAGCAUUAGUGAAGUGUGCCUGAGCGGCAGCAUCCGGCACUUAAAGCACCAGGUGCUGUUCCUGUUGGAUGAUUUCAGUGGGAUGGACUCUCUGCCCCAAGCCAUAGCAACACUGAUUACAAACAACUACUUGUCACAGACCUGCUUAUUGAUCGCUGUCCAUACCAACAGGGCCAGGGCCAUCCGCCCAUACCUAGAUACAAUUCUAGAGAUCAAAGAUUUUCCCUUCUACAAUACUAUCUCUGUACUACGGAAGGUAUUCUCACACAAUAUUAUCUGUGUGCGAAGGUUUAUAAAUUACUUUGGCAUGAAUGAGGAUUUACAGGGAAUUCACAAAACCCCCUCUCUUAUGGCAGCAGUCUGUAUUGACUGGUUUCAAAAUCCUUCUGACCAGUCCUUUCAUGAUGUGGCAGUUUUCCAGUCCUAUAUGAAAUACCUUUUCUUAAAGCUCGAGGCUACAGCUGAGCCUCUCAAGGCCACUGUGUCCUCGUGUGGCCAGCUGGCCUUGAGAGGGCUUUUCUCGUCUUGCUUUGAGUUCAGUGGUGAGGACCUCACAGAAGCAGGAGUAGAUGAAGAUGAAGAUCUGAACACCUGCUUGAUGAGCAAAUUCACGGCCCAGAGACUGAGACCAGUCUAUCGCUUCUUAAGUCCUUUGUUCCAAGAGUUUCUUGCUGCCAUGAGGCUGACUGAACUCCUGGGUUCAGAAAGAGAGGAAGACCAAUGUCUGGGGCUUGAUUAUUUGAGACAAAUUAACUCUCCCUUGAAGGCUGUGAGUGUCUACAACAACUUUUUGAAGUAUGUCUCCAGCCACCCUUCAUCAAGGGCAGGGCCAAAAGUUGUGUCUCACUUGCUUCGGUUGGUGAGUGAUAAAGAGUCGCUGGAGGACAUGUCUGAAAAAGAGGAUUAUGGGAAGCUCUAUCCAAAAACUUCCCGGAUGAUGCAGUUAAUUAAGGAAAUGUGGCAGGUAUCUCCUGAAGCUUUCUCUUCAUUCGUCUCAGAAAAUUUAGUGAAUGUUGCUCUAAAGUUUGCUUACAAAAGCAAUGCAGUUGCUGCGUGUUCUCCGUUUAUUUUGCAAUUCCUUCAAGGAAGAACACUGGCUUUGAAUGCACUGACUUUACAGUACUUUGGGGACCACCCAGAAAGCCUGCUACUGUUGAGGAGUGUACAGGUCUCCAUAAAUGGAAAUAAAAUGCCACCCAGAGUAGGUUACUCAGUCAUGGAAAAAUGUUUCGAAACCUUACAGCCACCAACGAUAGAGGAGGACUAUGCAUCUGCUUUUGAACACAUGAAGGAAUGGGAGAAAAACUUAGCUGAAAAUGAAGGUAACGUGAGGGAUUUUCUGAAUAACCAGCCCCAGCAUCCACCCAACAUCAGUGCUGGGUACUGGAAACUGUCACCCAAGCUGUACAAGAUCCCUAGGCUGGAAGUUGGAGUGGCCUACAUGGGUCCAGCAGACCAUGCACUGCUCCAGGUCCUGACGGAAGUCUUCUCAGCAUCGCAGGAUAUCGAGCUCUGCUUGAUGCACAGCAGCGGCUUUCUGGAAAGCAUCCGCCCUGCUCUGGAGCUGAAUAAGACCUCUGUCACCAAGUGCUCCCUGUGCAGACUGAGGCUCAGCCAAGCAGAACAGCAGCUGCUUCUCUCCCUGCCUGCCCUGCGGUCUCUUGAGCUCUCAGGGAUAAACCAGUUUCCAGAUGAACUCUUCGCUAACUUGGACAAGUUCCCGAGCCUCAGAGAACUGUCUGUGAGAUUAGAUGGCCAACCAGGUGUGCUGUCUGUCAUCCCUGGAGACCUCCCUAACCUCCACCACAUGGAGAAGUUAUCCAUCCAAACUUCCACAGAGUCUGACCUCUCCAAACUGGUCACCAUUUUGCCAAGUUUUGUUGCUCUGAAGAUACUGAAUCUCAAUCGCCAACAAUUUCCAGAUAAAGAAACCUCAGAAAAGUUUGCGCAGGCUCUGGGUUCUCUCAGGAACCUGGAGGAACUGCUGCUUCCCACUGGGGACGGGAUUCAGCAAGUGGCCAAACUGAUUGUCCAGCAGUGCCUGCAGCUUCCGUGUCUGCGAGUCCUUGCCUUUCACCACACCUUGGAUGAUGACAGCGUGGUGGAAAUCGCCAAAGGAGCAACUAGUGGAGCUUUCCAGAAACUUGAGACCUUAGAUCUUUCAGUGAAUCACAAGAUCACAGAGGAAGGAUACAGAAAUUUCUUUCAAGCCCUGGACAACCUGCCAAACUUGCAGGUGCUCAACGUCUGCAGGAGUAUCCCAGAAUGCAUCCAAGUGCAGGCAACCACGGUCAAGGCUCUGAGCCAGUGUGUGUCCCGACUGCCCAGCCUCACCAGGCUUGAGAUUCUCAGUUGGCUCCUGGAUGAAGAGGACAUGAAAGUGAUUAAUGCUGUGAAGGAAAGGCACCCUCAGUCCAAACGCUUAUUUGUUCACUGGAGGUGGGUAGUGCCCUUCUCCCCGGUCCUUCAGAAGUGAAAGGUGCAGGUGAAGGCAGUUCUAAAUACCUACUUUCCUAAUACAUUUUACCCUUCUGAGCUGCUGGUACACAGCUGUACUUUCAUCAUUUAGGAGACCAAGGUGAGAGAAUAGAGAGUUUCAGGCCAGCCUUGGUUACAUAGGAAGAUCCUGUCUCAAAACUAAAGGCAAAACUAACCAUUGUAUUGAAAUAUAUUAAUUGUGAAAUAAAUUAACUGUGUAGGCUGAUGAUUGUUUUUUAAAUCCUGAAUACUCAUCACUGAACUUAAGAGCUAUUAUGAUGGGCAGUCCUCAUAUGGUCCUCUUGUCUAUGGAAAGCCAGCAUGCACACGCUGAGCUAUGAUGAACAGCCCUUGGCAGUCCGUGUAUGGUCCUCCUUUCUAAAGACAGAGCCUCACUCAAAUUCUUAUCGAGAACCUUUCAUCGCCAAGGUCAACAGGAAGGGGUAGGGAAAGGAACAUUGAUCUGUGUAAAGGCUAAACAUGGAAGGAGUGUUUGAUGGAGGUAAGAAAUGGCCAGUUUAAGGAAGAAUCGGUCCCACCCAUGAUGAAGCAGCAGUUGACUUUAACACAGGAGGCAGAUGACUCUUUCCAGAAGAUGCGCUUUAGUCUUUGCAGGGCUUUUGUGCAUUCACCAGCCUUGGUGCGGCCACGCUGGCUUACAUCAUCUCUCACCCAUUGCCAAUGUGAGGAAGACGUUGGGCUGAGAGAAACCUGCUUUGUUCCAGAGGCUUUUGAGAGCUUCGCAUGUGAUGUAAUGACC